AUGAAGUCGGGAUUCGUGUGUGCUCUGCUGUCUCUGCUGGCAGGGCACAGCUGGGCUGAUACCCGCACCAUCGGGGGCAAGGAAUGUGCCCCCAACUCCCAGCCUUGGCAGGCCGGCCUCUUCCACCUCCCCCGGCUCUUCUGUGGGGCGACCCUCAUCAGUGACCACUGGCUGCUCACAGCAGCCCAUUGCCGCAAGCCGUUUCUGUGGGUCCGCCUUGGGGAGCACCACCUCUGGAAAUGGGAGGGACCGGAACAGCUGUUCCGGGUGACGGACUUCUUCCCCCACCCUGGGUUCAACAAGGACCUCAGUGCCAAUGACCACAACGAUGACAUCAUGCUGAUUCGCUUGCCCAGGGAGGCACAGCUGGGUCCUGCUGUGCAGCCCCUCAACCUCAGCCAAAACUGCGUCAUCCCAGGCACAGAGUGCCUCAUCUCAGGCUGGGGGGCUGUGUCCAGCCCCAAGGCACGGUAUCCACUCACGCUGCAGUGUGCCAACAUCAGCAUCCUGGAGCCCACUCUCUGUCACCGGGCAUAUCCGGGCCACAUCUCAGAUAGCAUGCUCUGUGCAGGCCUCUGGGAGGGGGGCCGAGGCUCCUGCCAGGGUGACUCUGGGGGUCCCCUGGUUUGCAAUGGAACCCUGGCGGGCGUGGUAUCUGGGGGUGCCGAGCCUUGUUCCAGACCCGGACGCCCUGCCGUCUAUACCAACACAUGCUACUACCUGGACUGGAUCCAGGAAACCAUGGAGGAAAACAGCCUUCACGCCUCGGACGUCCAAGAGAGGAGGAUCUCGGACCUCUCAGGGGGCAGUGGGUGGGGCCUGAUCCACCCUUAG